AUGCAUGACGUUUUCUACAGCGAAGAUGAUUUCAGUGGUGAAGAUGAUGUCAAUAGCAGCGACGAAGAUUUGGACGAAGAAGACAUAAGAUUAAUGUUAAUUACUAUUAAUGAAAAUAAUAUUGCUCCCCAUUUCAAAGAUAUGGCUCUAGCCAUGAAGAACCGAGAUGUUAAUGAACUUCAAAUUGCCAUAGAUAAUUUUACUGGAGAUAUAGACGAAUAUUCAAUAGAUGGAGAAACUGCUCUUCACUAUGCAUGUCUUUGUUGCAGUAGAAAAUCUUUUGAGAUACUAGUUGGAAGGGGUGCUAAUAUGGAGGCUAAAAAUAAAAAUGGAGCCAUUCCUCUUCAUACUGCUUGUAAUAAUGGUUCAUUUAAUAUUGUUGAAUUUAUAUUCAAUAAUAUCAGUGAUGGAGAUAUUAAAAAGAGAAUGUUAUUCUCAGUUGAUAAUGUUGGUUCAACGCUUAUGCAUAAAGCAGCAGGUUGUGAAAAUAUAAAUAUUGUUAAACUAUUGUUAGAUUUUGCUAAAGAGAUCGAUAAUUCAGCUGGUAUAAGCAAAAUGAUACAAGCAAUUGAUAUUGUAUCAGAAUUAGAUGAAAGUGCAAGAGAGUCAACAUUUGAGAUAUUUAUGAUGGACAAUGAAUCAAGGUUCUACGGAGAGUCGAAGAGGGUAGACGAUUCCUCCAAUAUGUUCGCUCUCUUGUUCUUUGUGGCAAAAGGCGAGACUUUCGAUAUUGGAAAGUUAAGGAGGGGUGAAUUUUGUUCUCGUAAGAUUUGA